AUGGCUACCGACAAAGGUCUUGAGGAGCUCCCCGAGGGUACCAUCGAAUCCAACUACGAUGAGACCGUCGACUCCUUCGACAACAUGAACCUGAAGCCUGAGCUUCUGCGCGGUGUCUACGCUUAUGGUUUCGAGCGUCCCUCCGCCAUUCAGCAGCGUGCUAUUAUGCCUGUCAUCAAGGGCCACGAUGUCAUUGCCCAGGCCCAGUCCGGUACCGGAAAGACCGCUACUUUCUCCAUCUCUGUUCUCCAGAAGAUCGACCCCAACGUCAAGGCCUGCCAGGCUCUCAUCCUUGCUCCUACUCGUGAGCUUGCCCAGCAGAUCCAGAAGGUCGUUGUUGCCAUUGGCGACUACAUGAACAUUGAGUGCCACGCCUGCAUUGGUGGUACCAGUGUCCGUGAUGACAUGAAGGCCCUUCAGGACGGCCCUCAGGUCGUCGUCGGUACCCCUGGUCGUGUCCACGACAUGAUCCAGCGUCGUGUCCUCAAGACCGACUCCAUGAAGAUGUUCGUCCUCGACGAGGCCGACGAGAUGCUUUCUCGUGGUUUUACCGAGCAGAUCUAUGAUGUCUUCCAGCUCUUGCCUCAGUCCACCCAGGUCGUCCUUCUCUCGGCUACCAUGCCCCAGGACGUCCUUGAGGUUACCACCAAGUUCAUGCGUGACCCCGUCCGUAUCUUGGUCAAGAAGGCCGAGCUUACCCUUGAGGGUAUCAAGCAGUUCUACAUCGCCGUCGAGAAGGAGGACUGGAAGCUUGACACUCUCUCCGAUCUGUACGAGACUGUUACCAUCACCCAGGCUGUCAUCUUCUGCAACACCCGGAGAAAGGUUGACUGGCUCACCGACAAGCUCACCGCCCGGGACUUCACCGUCUCUGCCAUGCACGGUGACAUGGACCAGACUCAGCGUGACCUCAUCAUGAAGGAGUUCCGCUCUGGUUCUUCCCGUGUUCUGAUCGCCACUGACUUGCUUGCCCGUGGUAUCGACGUUCAGCAGGUCUCUUUGGUCAUCAACUAUGACCUCCCCGCCAACCGUGAGAACUACAUUCACCGUAUCGGUCGUGGUGGUCGUUUCGGUCGUAAGGGUGUUGCCAUCAACUUCGUCACUGCUGACGAUGUCCGCAUGAUGAGAGAAAUUGAGCAGUUUUACAGCACCCAGAUCGAGGAGAUGCCCAUGAACGUUGCUGAUCUCAUCUAA